ACCCAAAAUAAUUAAAAUGCCUCCAAAAAAAGCUUUAAAAAAGAGUCCAAAGAAGUCAAAAGCAAGUGGUGAAAAUAAAUUCACCAAAAACUCUUUGGCUUUAAUAUGGUGGAUCAACGAAGGGUCGAAAGAUAUUAUAUCAGUGUCUCGAUUAUCAAAAAAAAAUCGAACCGUGGGGUCAAUAGUAAAGUUACUUUGGGAAAAUGCAGAAACUAAAGAAACCAAAAUGUACGAGGCUAAAAUUAUUGCAUUUGACACAAAUUAUGAUAAGUUAAAUAAUAUUCUUCUGGAUGACAAAGGUGAAGUUCACGACUUUAAUGAUAAAUUGUUUACCGAAAAGGUAUUACAACAAAAAAGGAAAGCUACUAGUGACAAUAAAACUGUAAAAAAAUCAAAAAUUGACCAAAAAAAUCAGCUUGAAGAUCAGUUACUCCAUACCCCGUCUUUAUUUUCAUCUUGUAAACCUACCGGACCAAUUUUGAAGCAAAAUAAUUCACAAAAUGUUCUCACAGCAACAUGCGUCUCAAACUAUACUCAACAACCGACUUAUACUUCUACUUCAAGUAGCAUUUCUUCAAAUGUUAAAGAUGUUGAAUCAUAUUUUUGGUCGAGUGAAAUUCAUAACGAGUUCGUAAAAACUCAUCAUAGUGCUGUGAGACAUGAUGUUUUUAAUCUUAAAACUUUAAAUUCUCCGAAGAUUUCACCACCAUUAUCAUACCAAUGUAAUAAUUUAAAUACCCACGUACAAAAGUCCCAAAGUCAUAACUAUGGUCAAGCAGGAGUUGAAGACAAUCAUCAAGAUUCUGGUCCUUUAGACUUUUCCAAAAGUGGCAAUGCCGUACCAAUCACAUCGGUAGCCAGCAAUACUGAAUCUAUUUUGACAACGUCAGUUAUUAGAAAUGAAAUUUACAAUGAAGCCGAUUUAGCUCACAGUGAAAUUUCAGCUAACAUUGAACCAUCUGCACUUACAAAUGAAGACUCGAGGGAAUCAAGUGAUUCUACAGCUAUGAUUUUAAACAAUGAAAUAGAGAAAAUCGACAACAUUGAAGAAUUACAAACCUCUGAAGUUAAUGUUGGAGCAUUACAUACAUUUUUCCCUAAAGAAGUUACGGAAGGAAUGAUUAAAUUUUUUGAAAGCGUUCAUGCCGGAAUAGAACAAGCAUAUGAGCAACAAAUGAAGAAAAAUUCUCAUUUAAGCAAUACUCCAAAGAUACCGCAAGAGUUUUAUAUACCUGGAGAUAAUAAAGUUGAAAUUUGGGUUAAUUCUGGACUUUAUUUACCAACAGAGAGAAUGACUUUCAUCGUUAAUAAUUCUGUUGACAAGAAACAGAAACCAAGCUGGAAAAAAUUCGUAGGGUUAGUAAUGCUAGAAGUAUAUGGAGAGAGUAUCGGGAAUUUUUCUGCAAAGGGUUUACGAGGAAGUCAACAUUUAGGCAUUGAUUCAAAAUUGUUUGCUGCUACAUUCGGUAAGUUUGACGAAAUACAAUCAAUUAAAUAA